GGACACGGACCAUAGGAGAAACGGAAGACCCCCACUAUGGCAUGUCUCUGUGGACUAAAGACUAAACCAACUAGCGGCCAAGAGCUUCUCGAACAUACGCGAACACAUUUCAUCACGCGUCAAGCACCCCACGGUCCACGUCUGUCCAACCUCUCCGUCCGUGACAUUUGACCGAAAAGGCGAGUCCGGAACCGAUUCGCGCGUGCCAUCCGCAGAGCCGCGCAAAUGCGACACUUUGGCCCAUGACGGAUCUGCUGCAGGUGCUGCCUGACUUCGACGCGAAACCUUACACCCAUUUGCUGCCCUCGCUCGACAAGGCCCUGAUCACCUCUAAUGACCUGCUUACCCUUGACGCGGCCGACGUUGCCAAACGCGCCCAGCUGCCGGCGGCAGAGGUGAGGAAACUAGCAGAUGCCGUGAUAGCUGCUCUACACCACCAGCUGGGUUUCGGCGGAGAGGAAGCAGUCGGCAAUUCCUUCCUUUCCGCAUCGGGUAACCCGGACACGACCGAACAUGGCUGGACUUGUAUAAGCACCUUGGAUCAAGAGCUGGACGCUGCCUUGGGUGGAGGCAUACCGCGCGGGUACCUGGUAGAGGUCACCGGUGAGAGUGGUGCCGGUAAAACGCAACUACUCCUUACCUUGCUGCUAGCCUCACAAUUACCGCCUCCCCAAGGUCUUGCCAAAUCGGCAGUCUACAUAUCUACCGAGGCAAUACUAUCCACGACCCGUCUCGCCCAGCUGCUAUCCUCCCAUCCGGCCCUCGCUCCAUUGCCCGCCGACCAGAAGCCCUCACUAUCGCGCGUGUUGAGCAUACAGACCCCAGAUCUCGAAUCACAGGAGCACAUACUGCGCUACCAGCUGCCCGUAGCCAUCGAGAAGCAUGACAUCGGCCUUGUCAUCUUGGAUUCUGUGGCCGCCAACUACCGCGCUGAGUUUGAGAAGCAGGGUGCAGGGAAUGGAGCUGCGGCUAUGGCUAGACGAGGCACACAGCUUGUACAGCUAGCCAACCAAGUUGCCGACCGAUUCACAAAGCCGCCGUCUGCUGUAUCCUCUAAUACUGCUUCAAGAACAGCAUCUACCAACAGCCAAGGCACUGUCCGUACAACAUCAAACAACAGCCAAGGAGACAAUCCAGACAACACGACUCACGCCAUCGAGCCAGCCUCUCAAACCGCUGAAACCCUAGUCCUCUCCCCCGACCCCCUCGCUCUCGACCACCAACAACGCUGGUUCACCGGCUGGGGCGACUCGCAAUACGAACAAGCUCACGUGCAAAAAACACCUUCCCUCGGCCUCGUCUGGACAAACCAACUCGCCUGCCGCAUCGUUCUCAAAAAGACGCCCGUCUUCGCCAGCAGAGGACCUCUGAUCCAUACCGUCAACGGCCAGGAUCAGUGGAACGACGCAGAGGAAAACCAUAUAUCCAAGUGGCGACGCUGGUUCAAGGUUGUGUUUGCGCCUUGGGCCCCGCCGUCGGAGGGGAGGGGCGUCGAGUUUGAGAUUCUAAAGAGUGGAAUUAGACAUGUCGAUAAAAAAGAAAAGACAUAAUAAACAAUAUAUAUAUACACCACAUAACCGGCCUUGUCGUACAAAGUCCAGACCUUACUUUUCCACAGAUUCAUGUCCCUCGUCACGCAUGUCGAUCCCAGCAAUGGAAGAAAGAAAAAACAAAACUUCAGAGCUCUCAU